AUAAACUGAUAAAUCUAACUGCAAAACUCAAGUGGAAACGAAUAAUUAAUACCCAAUAUACGUAUUAAUAUUUUUUGCGUCAUUAUUGUGCACUGUAUACAUAAUUACAUUCACAAAUAAAUAAAUACCGACAUAUUUUAUUAAUAUAUUUUAGUUAGUGCAUAUUAUUAUCGUUUUGUAAGAGCACGUAAGAGCACUACAAGUGGGGGCUGUUUAUUUAUUAAUUAUACAGAUUAACAUUAAUCUAUUAUUGACUAUUCAAUAUUCUUAUAUUAUUUUUUUGUUUUGUACUCAUCUAAGGUGUCUCUCGAUUAAUUUUAUGCUAUCGAAGAGAAUAUUAAUUAAUAUUAAUAAUUAAUAUUGUAUAUUAUUUAAAAAACCUACAAAAUGGUCCUAGCUUGGUUUAUGGCCGAAAACUGGAGCGGUGAUCAACGUGAAGAACAUCACAAGCAACCGCCGGAAUUUGUCGAACUAGGCACUUUGUACAAGCUCACUCGAGUGGAACACUAUAAAGUGGAUCAGUUGAAUCCGUCGAACGAUGAGCUUUUGAAUGAGCUUAAAAAAAAUAGAGGAUACUCUUACGAGGAUGAAAUUACGUGUUCCAAAGAAUGUCUACAAGAUUAUGAAAAUAAAUUAAAAAUGUUUUUCGAAGAACAUCUCCACACUGACGAAGAAAUAAGAUUGGUCUUAGAAGGCUCGGGUUAUUUUGAUGUUAGAGAUGUCAAUGACAGUUGGAUUCGUAUUAAAGUCGAACCUGGCGAUUUAUUGAUUAUUCCCAAAGGAAUCUAUCACCGUUUCACUUUGGAUACAAACAAUUUUAUUCGAGCUAAACGACUAUUUGUCGGCGAACCCGUAUGGACGCCACACAACAGACCUGCCGAUCAUAUGGAAUGUAGAAAAGAAUAUUUGAGCCAAAUAAAAUCUUUUUAACCGCACUUAUGUCGAAAUGUUAAUCGCAUUCAUUAAUAAAAAAUCGUUAAAGUACUGCUCUGUUUA